GCCCGGGGCCUUGUCCGGGGCUCCCCGGGGCCGCGCCGGGCCCCGCGACGAUGGCGUCCUCGUCCGGCAACGACGACGACCUGACGAUCCCCAGGGCGGCCAUCAACAAGAUGAUCAAGGAGACGCUGCCCAGCGUGCGGGUGGCCAACGACGCGCGCGAGCUGGUGGUCAACUGCUGCACCGAGUUCAUCCACCUCGUGUCGUCCGAGGCCAACGAGAUCUGCAACAAGUCGGAGAAGAAGACCAUCUCGCCCGAGCACGUCAUCCAAGCACUAGAAAGUUUGGGCUUUGGCUCUUACAUCAGUGAAGUAAAAGAAGUUUUACAAGAAUGCAAGACGGUAGCAUUAAAAAGAAGAAAGGCAAGUUCUCGUUUGGAAAACCUUGGCAUUCCUGAGGAAGAGUUAUUGAGACAGCAACAGGAAUUAUUUGCAAAAGCUAGACAACAACAAGCAGAAUUGGCUCAACAAGAAUGGCUUCAAAUGCAACAAGCAGCCCAGCAAGCUCAGCUUGCUGCUGCCUCAGCUAGUGCGUCCAACCAAGCAGGAUCUUCUCAGGAUGAAGAAGAUGACGAUGAUAUCUGAUAUUCUCCAGCUGAGCUCCUAUUUCCUCUGUGUUUUUCUUUGCACAAGAAAACAGUGAAAGAAAUGCUUAUCUGUAAUUUUGUAUGCAUCUUGAUGGACUUGCCAUUGAUAUUCUAGAGAUAUCUGCUGUUCAGUUUCAUUAAUGGUGUGCUAUUCAUGUAAAAAUGGAACUAUUGAAAAUUUAAGAUUCAGUAUAACAACAAUUUUGGAUUUUUAAUGGUGUUUAUGAAAUUUUAGAUAGCAGUGAAUCUUUUAUUUGAUCAAUAAACAGUGUUACAGAAAACGUCAAGUUUAUAAAAAUAGAGAAAUUUAUACAGAAACUCUGUCUGCACUUGCAUUUCCUCUACCUUUUAACUAAACUAAAAAUUGGGAAUUUUAAAUUAUUGGGGGAUGUGUGGGGUGUUGUGUAACACAGUAGACAUUAGGUCAGGUGGGCGAAAAAAGAAGAGUUCGGUUCUGACUUAAAAUGAGUAUAAAUAUCAAAAAAUAUAUAUACUCAGAUAAAUAUACCUGUCUAAAAUAUGAAAACAAGACAUUCAUAAACGAAUUUGAAGUAUGUAUGUUCAUAGUAGUUGUAUAAAUUUGGUGGGGUUUUUGUUGUUGUUUUAUCUAGUUGUGAGUUUUAUUAUGGCAUAAUUCAUCAAGCCACACUGUUCCAUUUCAGACUACCCAAUUUUGAAGACUCAUGAUUCUUAGUCUUUUGCUCCAGGAAUUAAUAGUAUUAUUUGCUUAAUUCAUCCUUUUUUGGAACUUACGGAACAAUUGCAUAGGGGUUCUCUUGGUUCAGCUAAGCUUCAUGAAUAUUCAGACCUUUGCUGGGGAAAGAAAUGGAAGUUAAUGAGCAUGCAUGUUAGAAUAGAAGGACUUUAUGUAAUUUAACUUGUAGUUAUAGUUUACUUAGUGUUUCUGGUUUUUGUUUUUUUUGUUUUCUUUUUUUUAGCAUUACUUCUAUACUUUCUUGACUAGAUUGCCCAGAAGUCCAAUGCUUUUUGAAAUGGUAUUGUCUCCAUUUUAAAAUUGAUUUUAAUUGAUAGCUUUAAAAGUUAUUAGUAAAUUAAAGAAAUAAUAAUAAAAGUUGUUGGUAUUGUUUAGGAAAGCUUGUCAUAACUGAUCAGCUUCAUAUGAAACAUAGUUUCAACUUGCUUAUUAAAAGGGAGAAGCUUUACUUUGGUUCCAAUAAAAAAGUUUGAUGGUGUUUUUAUAUGUAUCUAGUGUGCUGAUGACAUAUUAUUUGUAUUUUGGAAAUAGAAUGGAGAAGUCACUUAAAAGAUAGUAUGAAAUCUAAUUUCCUAUGUUAGUUGCCAAAUCAUUUAAAUUUCUAUACUUAACCAAGCUUAAGGAUAGAUCGUGGCUGCCAGAAUACCAGUUUUAAUUGAGGGGCUAAGUAAGCAAAGUUUGUAAGUAUUAGAUUUCUUAAUGAUCAUAUUUUACAGUUUCAGAAAAGGCAAAAUAUUGUCAUAUUUAUUAAUUACACUUCCCCAUACCACAAAUCUUGCUGAAUAUUUUGUUACCGUGUUUUAAGUUGAAGUUGAUACUGUGUUCAUGCAUUGAGAUAGAAGGGAUUUUUUUAAGUACCAAAGGUAGUCUAGUUUAAGAAAUAAUUUAAUAAGUGUUGGCUUUUCUAUUUGUACUGUAACAUCCUUAUACUUUCUAUAUUAAGUAUAACUUUUUCAUAAGUAUACAAUUUAGAUAUUUUUCCGUAUUUUUUUCUGAUGCAGAGUUCAGGUUAAUUAAUAUUUUACUGCAUCUGGUGUAUUAUAUGUUCAAAACCCAGUGACUUCAUUUUGACAUUCAUAUGAUUUCAUAUGCUGUAUUCUUCAAGCAAUAAAAUUCUGACGUGUUUUAUAAA